AAAAUGGAUGCUCACCAAGAUCCUCUGAUGCACAUUAACGACUUCCAGCUUCAUGACUUCAUCGACGACACCAAUGUCGAUCAGUUUAUCAAUUUGCUCCGCGGGGAGAAUGAACACUCGUUCUGUAACUUUGAUUCUGACCAUAUCAAUGGCUACUUGGCUGAUAACCAGUUUCCUCCAUUCCCUGCAAACCUGUUUGAGUCUAAUGCUGCUUUAAAUGCUUAUGAUCCAAGCUCUACGCUUAGUUCCUUCUCAUGUUUUGAUGGAGAAGUGAAGGGAGGAAGAGGAGAAGAGGAGAAUGAUUCUUCUGCAACAACAACCACCACCACUGAAACUACCACGUCUGCUAAUGCCAAACAGAAGUCCAAAACUGAUCGAUCCAAGACACUGAUCUCUGAAAGGAGGAGGAGAGGCCGAAUGAAGGAGAAGCUUUACGCAUUGCGUUCUUUGGUUCCCAACAUAAGUAAGAUGGAUAAGGCCUCCAUCGUGGGCGAUGCUGUGGCAUAUGUGCAGGAGCUGCAAGAGAAAGCUAAGAAGCUGAAGGCUGAGGUUAAAGGCCUUGAAGCAUCUAUGCUAGCGUCGGAAAACGACCAAAGAUCAGCUAAAAUCCCCACGAGUCAAAACAACCACAUCCACUAUCCGAUCUGCAUGAAGAUCAUGCAGAUGGACAUGUUUCAAGUGGAGGAGAGAGGGUAUUACGUGAAAUUGGUGUGUAAUAAAGGAGAAGGAGUGGCUGCCUCCCUCUACAGGGCUCUCGAGUCCCUAGCAGGCUUCAAUGUUCAGAAUUCAAACUUGGCCACAGUUUCUGACAGGUUUCUAUUAACAUUUACAUUGAAUGUGAAAGGUUGCGAGCCAGAAAUUAACCAGCAAAAUCUGAAGCUGUGGGUGGCAGGUGCUCUUCUUAACCAAGGCUUCGAAUUUAUUACAACUUUCCAUGCUUGA